GUCUACCACGCCAAGUUUGGGUCCGCAGCAUAUCAUACCAUACCAUACCUUCGAAAAAAUGGCCCCUCGGAUCUUUCUGACGGGAACAACGGGGUACAUUGGUGGAACCGUGCUUGAUACGCUCGUUUCACGCCAUCCCGAGUAUGACAUCACUGUGCUUCUCCGCAAUCCUCCCGCAGGUUUUGCCGACCGAUACCCUGCUGUCAAGGUCAUUCGAGGCGACUACGACAGCACGGAUAUCCUCACUCAAGCCGCUUCGGAUGCCGAUGUCGUAGUCCAUAGCGGCGACUCCGAUCACGAACCUAGCAUCCGAGCCAUCAUUGCAGGGCUACUAUCACGCUCCACUCCUUCCUUUCUCAUCCACCUGGGCGGCAGUGGAAUAAUAUCCGACUGGCAAGAAGAUCGCCCUCACGGUGAUCUCAACCCCAAGGCCUGGUCCGACGUCGAGGACAUCGACAACAUCUGGAGCCUCGACGACAAGGCUCUGCACCGCAAUGUAGACAAGAUCAUCCAGCAAGCGUGGGCUGAACAUGGCCAGAAACUGAAGACUGCAAUCGUUUGCCCGCCGGAUAUCUACGGCAAGGGACGCGGCCCGGGCAGAACCCGGAGUGUGUACGUGCCCAUGUUCUACAAGGAAAUUCUGGACGUCGGCGCGCCUUUUUAUACGGCCUCGGGCACCAACACGCGCUCGUUUGUGCACAUUGAUGAUCUGAUGACCGUGUACCUCAAGCUUGUCGAAGCGGCUGUGAAUGGUGGUCAGGGCGCUGAAUGGGGUCACGAGGGCUACUACUUUACCUCCACCCAAGAACUAAACCAGCUUGAGAUAGCCCGGGCGACCGGUAGAAUCCUCAAGAACAAGUCACUCCUUUCCACCGAAGAGACAAAGCAGCUCCCAUUCGAUCAAGUCAACCAGAUGCUGAAGCACCCGGUCUUUGGCGUAAUUGGUCGAUACAUGUUCGCCAGCAACUCACGCUCGCGUUCGGAUCGUGCUCGCAAAUUGUUUGGCUACAAGGCUGUGGCACCGAGCUUUCUGGACUGCUUGGAGGAGGACUUGGAUUACGCGAUACAGAAAUGACCGGAUGAGCUUUGAGUUUGAUUAUCGCUAGACUUGACCAACUGAUCUGAAAUCAAAAGAUAGUGAAUGAAAACUUCAAACUGGUAAGAAGACUUGACCGAGUAACCGGGGAGUUUGUUAACGCUAUUUACAACCAUGAUGGGGGCCAAAACUUUUCCUUCUCGUAUUGCUUCCCGCAUGAUUUGCAGUUGAUGACAUGGUUUUGGCCAUCCCCGUGCGUCCUUCUUUUGAUGGCGUUGAGCAUGAAGGAAGAGUUGUGGACGUU